AUGGAGGAGGAACUUUUGGCUAUUAAAGAAAAUAACACAUGGGACGUUGUUCCUUGUCCUCCAAAUGUCCGUCCAAUUGGAUGUAAAUGGGUUUAUUCAAUUCAACUUCAUUCUGAUGGAACUCUUGAUCGGUACAAAGCUCGAUUAGUGGUCCUUGGCAACAAACAAGAGUAUGGUGUAGACUAUGAGGAGACUUUUGCACCUGUAGCAAAAAUGACUACGGUGCGAACUAUUAUUGCCAUUGCUGCAUCACAAAAUUGGCCUCUUCAUCAAAUGGAUGUCAAAAAUGCUUUUCUUCAUGGUGAUCUCAAAGAAGAUAUUUAUAUGAAACCCCCACCUGGUUUGUUCUCAUCACCUAUAUCAGAUAGCAAAUAUGAAUCGUCUUUGUUUCUUCGAAAAACAUCUGCAGGUUGUGUUCUUCUUUUGGUGUAUGUAGAUGACAUUAUUAUUACAGGAAUUGAUUCUUCACUAAUCACUAGCCUCCAGCAGCAGCUUAAGGAUUCUUUUCAUAUGAAAGAUCUUGGUACUCUUACAUACUUUUUGGGGUUAGAAGUUCAUUAUAAUUCUUUAGGUGUGUUCUUGAACCAACACAAAUAUACUCAGGACUUGAUUGCUUUGGCUGGUCUUCAAGAAUCUUCCUCUGUAAAUACUCCAUUGGAAUUGAAUCUAAAGUACAGUCAUGCAAAAGGAGAUUUUCUUUCUGAUCCAACUUUGUAUCGGCAAUUAGUUGGGAUCCUAAAUUAUCUUACUAUUACUCGGCCUGAUAUCUCUUUUGCAUUUCAACAAGUGAGUCAAUUUAUGCAGGCUCCACACCAUCUACAUUUGGUGGCUAUUCGUCGCAUCAUUCGAUAUCUCUUGGGAACAUCUACUCAUGGAUUAUUCUUUCCUAGUGGUUCUAAGAUUCAACUUAAUGCAUUUAGUGAUUCUGAUUGGGCUGGAUGUCCUGAUACUCGUCGCUCUGUCACGGGUUGGUGCAUGUUUUUUGGAGAUUCCUUGAUAUCUUGGAAGAGCAAGAAGCAAGACCGCAUAUCAAAAUCUUCCACCGAGUCUGAAUAUCGAGCAAUGUCUACUGCUUGCUCUGAGAUUGUUUGGCUUCGUGGUUUACUUGUAGAAAUUGGAUUUCCUCAAUCUAAUCCCACUCUUCUCCAUGCUGACAACACAGUGCUAUUCAAAUUGCUACUAAUCCAGUUUAUCAUGAAAGGGCCAAACACAUUGAAGUGGAUUGUCAUUAUAUUAGAGAAGUUGUAG